UAAGCCAACUCUCGAGAGCACAGAAUCACAGAGAGAGAGUGAGAGAGAGUACGGAAGUUCAGCCAUGGACGACGAGGAAUUGGAGCCGCUCUUCGAUUACCACCGCGUGCAACCUUACAAUGCCAUUAUCCUUGACGAUGAUAGUCCAGAUUCAUCGCCAGUAGCUAAUGCGAAAAAGCGGAAAAUUGACACUUCUGUUGAUGAAGAGAAACAGGACAAUAAAGAUGUAAUUCAAGUAAUAGAUUGUGAGGAAAAAGAAGAGGAAGAUUGGCUGAAGCUACCGCCAAAGAUUUCAGCUGAUACUGUAAAGAAGCGUGAGAAUUCAACCAUAAAGGAAAUAAGGUUAAAAAAGCAGGAGCUGGCAUCCCUUGCUGAAUCCGCAAAGCAUGUGCUACGAGAUGUUGAGGAUUCUGUAAAAAGAGAUCUUAGCACUUCAUUGCAAUCGAGUGAAGGAAGUGUUGCAGAGCAGCAGACAAAACCUUGCAGUGAAAGGGCUAAAAUAAUUAUUUGUAUUCAAGACAAGGAUGGCUCCAAACAAUUCCGUGUUUUCAUGGAUGAUAAAUUUGAGCGACUUUUCAAACUGUAUGCUGACAAAGCUAAGCUUAAUUUACAAAACUUAAUUUUCCGUUUUGAUGGGGACAAAAUUAGUCCCACAGCAACUCCUCAUAGCCUUGGGAUGGAGGACGACGACAUUGUUGAAGUGCAUGUUAAACCAAGCUGAUUCAGGUUUUCCUUUUGUGCUCUAGAUGAUUCGCUUUUUGGUGUCCUUGAAGUUUUUUUGCGUGUUCCAUUGGUCUUUAUAUAAGUUUAGCGUUGCAAUUGUAUAGUAAAUACUGUUUAUGGAAACAUAGAAUUCAACCUUUGAAAACAUCCUCAUUGUUAGAACUUAGGUUACUUGGUUGCUGAUCCGCUAACCGUUAUUUACCAAACUCUCUUUUAAGUUAAAA